AUGGAUGAUAUAUUAGCAGAGAAUGUUUUUGCUUUAAAGAAUAAUGAAUUUUAUGAAUUUAUUCAAGCAUUAGUUGGUCAACAAAUGGUGGAGAUUCUAAAAUUUCAAUCAAUUACAUCUACACAAUCUCUUAUUCGAAACCCGAACAUCUUUGAAAUAUUUAAUAUGAAUUGUUCGGAACCUAGUUUCUUAAUGAUAAGAGAAAGAUCAUGUUUUCAACUUGAUAAUGGAGCAUUUAUUGUAAAGAUUGGGUUAAUAAAUAAUUUAAAUUGUUUAUUAGAAUUUUUAAAGCAACAGCAACAAAAACAAAUUAAAAAAAGUAGUAAUGGAGAUUCUUAUUCAAGUUUAUCAUUUGAUUUUAUAAAUAAAUAUCCAUUGUUAAAAAAAUUAAUUAUUUGGUAUCAACGAGUGGACAAUGAAAAUGUAGACGAUCAAAAUAACAAUACUUUUUUAAAACAUUUUAUUGAUACUCUCACUGAUAAUUUGGCCAAAUCAAGCAAUAAUUUUCGAUAUAGUAAUUCAAUUAAGAAUUUUGCUUUAGCAUUAUACAUUUUAGGUGGAAAAUUGACCUAUGAAUUUAUUAGAUUAAAUUUACCUGGAUCUUUACCGCAUCUAUCUUUAUUAAAUUCAUUGAUUUCAAGUUCAGAUUCAAGAAUCAGUGAAGGAGAAUUUCGAUUUGAUCAACUUCAAAAACAUUUUGAUAGUCUUAAUGUACACUAUGCAUUCGGCUCUGAAGAUUGUACUGGAAUAGUUAAAAGAAUUAAAUAUGAUUCAACAACAAAUGCAUUUACUGGAUUUCCUUCAUUACUUGAUCGUGGAGUGCCAAUUAAAUCAUAUUAUCAGACCGAUUCAUUUGAUACAUUAAAAUUAUGGUUCAAUUCAAUUGAUAACGCAUCGUUAUUGAAUGUACAUAUGAUUCAGCCAGUGCCAUCCACAGAUAAUAGCAGCAUAUCAAGUCCUUAUCUGUUGUCAGCAUAUGGAAUUGACAAUACUGCGACAGCAGACGAUAUAUUACAGAGAUGGUGGUAUAUAUUUAAUCAAUCCUUGCAAAGAAAUAUAAGGAUUAUUGGUUUUUCUACCGAUGCGGAUCCAAAAUAUCUACGUGCUAUGCGUUUAAUGAGCGGUUUUCUUGGAGCUCUUCCAAAUUUUCAAGUUCACCAGCACCCACAAGCAUUUCAAAUAAAAAUAAAAUCACAUUGGUCUUGGUUUUAUCUUCGUGAACAACAAUUAUUAUUAUUUUUUCAAGAUCCGACACAUUUGGUAACCAAAUGGCGUAAUCGUUUAUUAUCAGCAACAGCAGAAUUAUAUAUUGGAAAUCAGUCAAUAUCGAUCAAUCAUUUGCAUGAUAUUAUUGAAAAUGAUACUUAUUCUAAACUUGAUCAUGGUCUAACAAAAUCUGACAUUAACCCUAAAGAUCGCCAAAACUUUAGUUCGUGCUUCAAAUUAACAUCUAAUGAUCUAUUCAAUAUUUUAAAUGCUGAUGAUGAUACUCGUGGAACUUUGCUUUAUCUUCGAAUGUUAAAAAUGAUUAUAGUAGCCUAUAUUGAAAAAACAACGACAAUAGUUGAAAGACUACGCUCUGCUUGGUGUGUAGUAUUUUUUUGUCGGCUAUGGUUUACCUGGGUUAAAUUUAAAACAUUUUAUUCAACACAAACCAGAAAAAAAAAUAAAAGCAAAUAUUUUAUUACACAAGCAGCAUAUUUGUCGGUUGAAAUAAAUGCUCACAAUUUAUUAUAUUUGAUUUCGCUUGUGAAACAAAAGCAGUUACCACCACAAGCACUACAUAUUCAUAUUUUUAACUCGCAAGCUUGUGAAUCAAUUUUUAGAAAUACGCGAGCGCUAAGUGGAAUUUAUUCAACGAUAGUCAAUUUUACAGUACAUGAUUUUCUACGACGUGCUCAAAGGCUAUCAUUAUUGAAUGAAAUUAAAUGUAAACAAUUACAAAAUGGUUCAGUUGAUAAUUUAGUGUUUCCGAUUCAUUAUAAACAUCGUGUUGAACGUCAAUCAUCAUUUACACACAGUCAACGCGAAAUUGAUGAAAUAGACAUCGAACAAGUUAUUACUGAUGCAUACCAUCAAGCUCUUGACAUGCUGGAAGGCAUAGAUAUAUUGAACUUAUUGGAAAAAAACGAUGUUCUUGAAUUAAAACCAUUAAGUGAAUAUUUAUUUCGACAAUUAAAUUUCGAUUCGAAAAAGCAUAAUUACUCUUCGCAAAUAUGCAAUCUGGACGAUGAAGUAUUUGAAAUUGAUGAUGAUAAUGAAGAAGAUGAAACAACAAAUGAUCUAAACAUGAAUGAGGACAAUGAUGAUAGCUCUGUUAAUAACGAUUCCACUGAUGAAGACGAACAAAAUAACGCACGAGAUUUAAUAACUACUACAAAGAAAGACUUCUCUGGAGUAAAAGUUGCUGAUAAAGUACAACCUCACAUUGAGCAUACUUAUUUUAAAGUGAAAUUAAAUCAUGAUACAAAAUUUUUACACAAACAAACUGCAUGUUGGUUGUUAACAGAAGAUAAAAGUAAACUUUCAAAUGAUCGAUUACUUCGCGUGCAACAGAUCAAUAAAUGA